GCUGGGCCGUUACUCGCCCGCCGCGCGGAGCGCAAGCCGCCCGCAGCAUGGGGCGGGGGCUGCGCCUGGCGCUGCUGGCAGCCCUGCUCUCCGGGCUGGGUUCUCAAUUGUUAUUGCACAUCACAGCUCCACAGAGGAUAUCCUCAAAUAUAACUGGAGAUCUGGACCAAGUGUCCUAUGUCAUUACAAUAGAAGGGACACCGUAUACUCUUCACCUGAAGCAACAACUAUUUUUAUCUGAUGAUUUCAGGGUUUAUACUUACACCAAAGGGGGGGCUGUUCAUUCUGAUUUCCCACAUAUUAAGGAUGAUUGCUACUACCAAGGGUAUAUUGCAGGCUUUCCCAAUUCACUUGUGACACUCAGCACCUGCUCUGGGCUCAGAGGGCUAUUGCAGUUUGAGAAUGCUAGCUAUGGAAUUGAACCCUUGGAUUCUUCACCUGGGUUUGAGCACAUUAUUUAUCAAAUAAAGAAUGAAAACACUCAGAGUCCACUUUUUGCAAACAACUACACUGAUAUAGGGAGAGAAAAGGUGACAGGAAAGGUGUCUUACAAGCUGCAUACAGAUAUUGAAUCAAUGUCAGAUGUCACUAAAUCCCCCAGAUACCUGGAAAUCGAUGUCAUUUUGGACAAGGGUUUGUACAACUAUCUGGGUUCAGACAAGGAUCUUAUAACAGAAAAAAUAGUCCAGCUUCUUGGAUUUGUCAACAGUAUGUUUACCCCCCUUAAUAUGACAAUUGUACUGUCUUCUUUGGAGUUUUGGACAGAUAAUAAUAAAAUUCGUACAACGGGGGAAGCUGAUGAGAUACUACAAAGAUUUUUACAAUGGAAAGAAUCUUACCUUGUUCUACGGCCACAUGAUGUGGCAUAUUUAUUCGUUUACAGGGACCACCCUAGUUAUGUAGGGGCAACAUUUGCAGGAAGGAUUUGUCUCAGAAACUAUGCUGGAGGAGUUGCCUUGUAUCAAAGGGCUGUAACACUGGAGACAUUUUCAGUCAUCAUUGCACAGCUGCUGGGGCUUAGUCUGGGAAUAACAUAUGAUGAUUCUAAGGACUGUCAGUGUCCAGGAUACACCUGCAUAAUGCACACCAAAGCAGUACUUUCCAAUGGAGUAAAAGCCUUUAGCAGCUGCAGCAUUAGAGACUUCAAAAGUUUUAUAAAACAUAGGGGAGGAGACUGCCUCUCUAACAGGCCCUAUUUGAAUACGUCCUACAAGAGGGCUUCAGUCUGUGGCAAUCGUAUUGUGGAAAGAGGAGAGCAGUGUGACUGUGGCUCAGCACAGGAGUGUGCAAAAGAUAAAUGCUGCACUAACAAAUGUAGACUUAAGCCAAGAGCAAAGUGUGGUACUGGAUUAUGUUGCCAAAACUGUAAGUUUAAGGCAAAGAAUAAGAAAUGUAGACCCACGGCUGAUAGUCAGUGUGAUCUCAAUGAGUACUGCAAUGGGUCAUCUGCAUUCUGUCCACCUGAUCUUUAUGUUCAGAAUGGACACAGAUGCGAACACAAUACUGCCUAUUGUUACAAAGGACGUUGCCAGUCUCCUGAUAUAGAGUGUCAGAGGAUAUAUGGAAAAGGUUCUAAAAAUGCUCCUCUUGCAUGUUAUGAAGAAAUCAAUAGUCAAACAGAUAGGUUUGGACACUGUGGGAAUGAUCCGAAGAAAGGAUUUCGAACCUGUAGUUGGAUGGAUGUCACAUGUGGAAAGUUAGUUUGUACAUAUCCAAGUCGCAUUCCAUUCACUAAAGAAAAAGCUGCUAUCAUUUAUGCUCAAGUGCGCGAGCAUGUAUGUAUAUCUUUAGAUUAUAUGAAGCCACCCACAGAGAAUGACCCUCUACUGGUUAAAGAAGGCACAAAGUGUGGGCCUGGUAAAGUUUGUAUAAACCGCACAUGCCAGUUUUAUGCAGUCCUGGGAUAUGAUUGUAAUCCACAAGUAAAAUGCAAUGGUCAUGGAGUAUGCAACAAUAAGAAACAUUGUCAUUGUAAUCCUGGCUGGAAUCCUCCAGAUUGCACAACGAAAGGCUCUCCAGUAGGGGGAAGUAUUGACAGUGGGCUCCGAUUUUUGGACUCUGAUAUGAUCUUAGAAAGAGCUUCCCAAAACACUUUGAAGAAUUGGCUGCUGCUAAGUUUCUGUCUCUUUCUGCCUGUCCUUGUUGGUUUUAUCAUCAUGAUUGUAAAAUGGAAUGAUUUGAGUAGAUUCUGCUCAAAGGAGGAGGACUCACAAGCCGAUGAAUCAGAAGACUUGAGCCUGUCAGACAAUCGAAGGUUCUCAACGAACAUUUCUGCAAAUCAUGGUUCCAUGGUCAAUGCCAUCAUAUCAAAAUGGAAAUCAGAACCAGGUGUCCUAUGUUAUUACAAUAGAAGAGAGGUCAUAUACCCUUCACCUGAAGCAACAAGUUUUUUUACCCAAUAAUUUCAGGGUGUAUACUUACAGCCAAGAGGGGUCUGUUCAUUCUAAUUUCCCACAUAUUAAGCGUGAUUGUUUCUACAAAGGCUAUAUUGCAGGUUUUCCAAAUUCAGUUGUGACACU